CAGAGGUGAAGGUAACAUGGACCAAACUAAAACAGCUCAUCCGUGUCAUUUCCAGCAGACAAGGUGUUGUACAGACAUGAUUGGAGCCUGAAGCAUCUGUGAGCAGGAUAUCCAAAACCAGACAGAAUGGAGACUCUGAAUUUCUCCCACGCCACCAACAUCAGCAGUGGCGAUAACACCAGCCUCUUCUCUGGGAGCCCGUACUCGACAGUGGAGAUUGUACUCAUCAUCCUGGUGGCUGGAUCUCUGAGUCUGAUCACCGUCAUCGGAAACAUCCUGGUCAUGCUCUCUAUAAAGGUAAACAGGAACCUGCAGACUGUCAACAACUACUUCCUGUUCAGCCUGGCCUGUGCAGACCUCAUUAUUGGCGUCUGCUCCAUGAACCUCUACACUGUCUACAUUGUGAUUGGCUACUGGCCCCUGGGAGCGGUGGUCUGUGACCUGUGGUUGGCUGUCGAUUAUGUUGUCAGCAACGCCUCAGUCAUGAACCUGCUCAUCAUUAGUUUUGACCGUUACUUCUGUGUCACCAAACCUCUCAGCUACCCAGCACGCCGCAGCACCAAGAUGGCGGGUCUGAUGAUCGCUGCAGCCUGGGUGUUGUCCUUCAUCCUGUGGGCUCCAGCCAUUUUGUUCUGGCAGUUCAUUGUUGGUGGGAGAACCGUGCCGCCAGGUGAGUGCUACAUCCAGUUCUUCUCAAACCCCGCGGUGACAUUUGGGACAGCCAUAGCAGCUUUUUACCUGCCAGUGGCCAUCAUGAUCCACCUCUACUGGCGCAUCUCCAAGGCCAGCCGCAGCCGCAUGAGAAAGGACAGCAGGAAGACCUCAGGUACCAGUCUGGGAGAAGGCCCCUCUCACAGCCAGGACGAUGGAUGUGAGAGCCAGAACAACUGCACCACAGCAAAAGAGGCCAAGGUGGAGGCUGGAGAUGGGAAGGAGAAGGAAAUGUUGCAGCAGCAGAACGGAAACGGGCCAUGUCAGGAAGAAAGGACUGAGCUGGUGGACUCCACAGCAGACAGCAUCCAGGCGUCAACAUCUAAGGAUGCUGCGGUCCCUGCAUCAUCACAGAAAGGCUCAGAUGGUGGGAAUAAAACAAGUCAAACACAGCCACCUUCUCCAGGAAACUCAGCCGCUGACAGACAAAGUCUGGCCACAAGGACGCUGUUCAAGGUGACAAAGCAGACUGCUGUGGCAAAGUGGAAAAGGAAGGGCAUUUCUUCCAGGGAGAAAAAGGUGACGCGCACCAUCAUGGCCAUCCUGGUUGCUUUUGUCGUCACGUGGACACCGUACAACGUGAUGGUCCUGAUCAACACCUUUUGUUCCAUCUGCAUCCCAAAUUCCCUCUGGACCAUCGGCUACUGGCUCUGCUACAUCAACAGCACCAUCAACCCGGCCUGCUAUGCCCUCUGCAACGUCACCUUCAAAAACACCUUCAAGCACCUGCUCCUGUGCCAGUACAAGAACAUACGUACAGCACGAUGAGGGCAAACACACUGACUCAUGUUUGUGAUGGAGUCAAAAUAAUGUGAUAAAUCUUGUAAAUUAAUGUACAUGCCACAAAUACUUGAGUGAACAUAUUGUUAAAAUAUAGACUAGGUGUGUAUUCAGUAGAUCUUAUUCAAACUGCAAGGAAACUGCUUUACAUUUAAAAUGUACCACACACUUAACUUUUAAUGUUUUUAAAACACAUGCCAUUGUAUCAUAAAGACAAUGCAUUUUGGUGGGAAUGUGGUUAAUUGUGAAAAUGUACAUUUGACUGAGUGUCAGUUGGGGUUUUAUUUUGACAGGAUGUUUUCCUCUUUGCUCCUCUUACACAAGCUUGUGCAGUAUGUUGUUUGAUAGGCGACUGUUUUUUUUUACCCUGACAGUAAAACUGUGGUUAAUGUGAUGGUUCUGUGACAAAAAAGUGAUUUCUAAGUCUGGUAAAAGAAGAAGAUAACAUACUCUAGAAAUAUACAAUGUAUCAUUGACAUAAAAAAUAUUUAGGCAGACAUGGAGCUGUGAAACUAAAAAUAAUAAAAUAAAGGAGUAUUAGCAGAUGUAAACUGAUGAGCCCAAA